GCACUGCAGCAUUCCCCGACUGCAGCUCCAGCCGCCGCCCGCGCCUCUCCGGCCUCCGCAGCCCCCGCCGCCGCCAGCACCAUGGCCAGCACCAUGUCCGCCUACAAGGAGAAGAUGAAGGAGCUGUCAGUGCUGUCGCUCAUCUGCUCCUGCUUCUACUCACAGCCGCACCCCAACACCAUCUACCAGUAUGGGGACAUGGAGGUGAAGCAGCUGGACAAGAGGGCCUCUGGCCAGAGCUUCGAGGUCAUCCUCAAGUCCCCUUCUGACCUAUCCCCGGAAAGCCCUGUGCUCUCCUCUCCCCCCAAGAGGAAGGACACCUCUCUGGAGGAGGUGCAGAAGCGGCUGGAGGCAGCUGAGGAGCGGAGAAAGACGCAGGAGGCGCAGGUGCUGAAGCAGCUGGCGGAGCGGCGCGAGCACGAGCGCGAGGUGCUGCAUAAGGCGCUGGAGGAGAACAACAACUUCAGCCGCCUGGCGGAGGAGAAGCUCAACUACAAGAUGGAACUCAGCAAGGAGAUCCGCGAGGCACACCUGGCGGCGCUGCGCGAGCGGCUGCGGGAGAAGGAGCUGCACGCCGCCGAGGUGCGCAGGAACAAGGAGCAGCGAGAGGAGAUGUCCGGCUAAGGGCUUUGGACACAAGCACCUGGAUCCUGAGAUGAGACAAGAAGACAUUCGGGUUUUGGUUUUGUUUUCUUCAACUUUGUCUAGACGCAACUUUUGUUCCUGCUCCCUCCCUUUCCCCCUGCACUCCAGUUCAUGCUUCUCUUUCCGCACUCUGAGUUGUCCAGUCCUUGUGCCCAUUCGGUGACCACAGACUCUCUCUGGAGGAGCCAGCAGGGCAUGGCACAUGGUCCCUCAGUUCAGCACCAGAUCAGGCAGUGGCGGAGUCCCCUCUUGGCAGCCCUGUUAGCGAAUGUGAUGACCUCAAUAAAUCCAGUGACGGUGGUAGGAGCAUGUGGGUCCUUAUGCUGGGUUGUCCUCUGAGGUAACACUGCCUGCGUGUUCUCCUGUGGAAGAGGGCUGUGCACACAGGAGUGGGCAGAAGAAGAAAGUGUUGGAUGGAGAAGGACCUCUGGGCAGCAUGGGGCCAAGUCACCAUGUCAUUGUGGGCAGCCCUGGGAGUUGUGUGUGCAGUGGAGCUUUUUAGAAUUGGUGGGUGGGGCUGCAGCAUCCUUUAAUGUGGUUGCACAGGGGUCCUCUGAGACCACCUGGCCUGCAGUGAGCACCCUGCAGUCAUUGUCCAUGGCUGGAGUUGGGGUUAGGUGGGGUGUGGCCUGGCUCGAGUCUUCAGGGGAAUGGGCAUUCUCUGCCCACUCCACCAGGGACCCAUGAGUAGGCUGCCAUGGUCUAGAGGGUUGUGGGCAGUGUGACAUCCUCUGCUAGCCCCUCACACUCAGAAGUGCCCUCCUCCCAGGAGCCUCUGGCCCAGCAACGGUGUGGGGAAAACCCACUUCCCACUGUCCGCCAUCCCUGCACCCCCUGCCACAUCCUUGGAAGACCCUGUCCUUCCUGUGCCCUCUGCUCUGGUAGAAAGAUGCUCCCACAAUGCUCCUGGCCAUGGGGCUUUCAGGCUCACCUCCAGACAGGUGUGGCCAGGUGUGAGUGAGUGGCAGCUGCAAGUGCCCCUCAGGGAACCCUGAGCAGACAGCAGGAGGGGCAGGGGACCAGCUGCCUGCAGAUUCAGAUGGUGGGGGGGCAGGGUUCCUAAGCCACCUCCCCACCUGGUCCAUCCUUGGCCUUCCUGGCCUGUAGCCCCUCUGGCCAGCCUGCUGGUUGGAGGCCUGGCUCUAGGCCCCUCCUGCCAGGACCCUCCUGGGUUUUGUUCCUUUCCCUCCCUCAGCCUGGAUCUCCAGAUCUCCUAGCACCAGCCUUUGAGGACUAACACCUGCCUGGAUGUGGCAGGUAUCUGGUCUUUGUGCCACUGCAGCAUCCUCCCCUUCUCCAUGGCAGCCCCACCCCACGGGUCCCUGCUGACCGUCUUCUUGGUGGAAAGUGUGAGGGGAUAGAGUACAAGUUCUCACAGGACCCAGAGCCAGUGCCUCAGAAACCAGGUGGUUGCAGCCCCCAGUAUCCCGGGCUUCCAUCCUACAGAAACCCAUGGGGGGUGGGGUACUGCUGGUGGUCUCCCCGGGCCAAGCCAGAGAGCAUGGGUGGAUACUGGUCCUCUGUGGUGGGCUAAGGGGAAGUAGGGACCCAUGACCCCUCUCCCUGUCCCCACCAAGCCAGCCUCCAAGGGAGCGACAAGCGAGGACUGGAACCCAGUGGUGCCCACUGUGGCUUUGUGGGACUCAGAAAGGGAAGUGGAAAGGGAACUGAGGGCUGGACUUCCCUAGUGGUGGCAGCUCUCUCGUAGCGGAAGCCUAGUGUAACAUGCACCCAUCUCAUCCAUGUAGUGAAAGUGAAAACUUAAACCAACUGAAUGAUUAAAGAUAAAAACUGUGUUUAAGAAACGG